GUACCCCACUUGGGGCUAAAAGAUUAACAUAUAUAACCUGGCCAUAGUGUGAUGAUAAUAGAAGAUUAACAUAUUCAAUCAUUUUGUCCCCCUCUCAAAAGGACUCAUCACAUAUACAAAAUCAGAGUUUUAUCUGUCUUUGUUCAGUGCAUGAAGUAGCUAUGCCGAAGCAUUGUGACAUGCAAAUCAAUAUUGAUGGUCAGCAGAUAUUCCUAUUGAAAGAGUUCACUUGUUUUUAUUGCAGAAGGUUAUGUCAAAAUACUGUGGAAAGUUGAAGAGAAUCUUGAAUCAUCAAAAGAGAUGUAAUGUUACGAAGUUGGGGAUUAGAAUCAAUAACUUCCCUGGAGGCCCAGAUGGGUUUGAACUUGUUUCAAGGUUCUGUUACAAUAACGGCAACAUUCCAAUCACUGUGGCUAAUGUUCCUCUCCUCUAUUGCUGUGCCAUUUAUCUUGGAAUGGCAGAAGGGGUUUUCAGCAACAAUCUCUUGCAACAAACAGAAACAUUUCUUGAUAGAAUCUCUCAGUGGAAAUGGCAUGAUAUAAUUGAAAGUCUCAUGAAUUGUGAGCAUGUGUAUGCAUAUGCAGAUUGCUAUGGCCUCUUAGAAAGGAUCAUUGUUGGUGGAGUGUUACCAAAGAUUAAUCAAACUCCAAAUUCUUCAGAUGUAAGCUUCAUCAAUUCAUGUUCUUCACCAUCCUCAUAUUCUUCCCCAGAAAGCACUUCUGGUAAUAAGAGAUUCUCUUCCUCAUCAAACAAACUGGCUAAUACUCCAGAAAAAAUCAGGUCAACUUUGCCAAGCAAAGCAUGGUGGUUUGAUGAUUUGGCAACUUUACCCCCAAAGAUCAUUGAGAAACUCUUCCAAUUUCUUGGUGCAUACAAAACUGACAACAACAAUUUAGUCCUCACAAGGUUUUUGUUGCAUUAUCUGAGAAAAGCAACUCAAAAAACCAGAGUUGUUGAUUGCAAAAACAGCAGUGAGAGUGAGUAUGCCGCUCUUGCAGAAACAGCAGCUUAUGGUGUCAUUUUUGUUGGAAAGGAAACAUUUUCAUGCAGAGGGCUAUUUUGGGUAAUAAGGAUUGUAUCCGGUUUUGGUUUGAGUAAAGGUUGCAGGACUGAACUUGAAAGAUUAAUUGGUGGUGUCCUUGAACAAGCUACUUUGGAUGAUCUUUUGGUAUCUGGCCAUGAUAUGGGAGUUUAUUAUGAUGUUAAUUUGGUCAUAAGAUUGGUUAAACUCUUUGUUGAUAUCAAUGGUUCUGAUGAAGGGGUUUCAUUACAGAAACUGAAAAGGGUUGGUAGGUUGAUUGACAAGUAUUUGAAGGAGAUAUCACCUGAUCAGAAUCUCAAGAUCUCUAAGUUUCUUGGAGUAGCAGAAUGCUUGCCAGAUAUUGCAAGGGAUAGCUUUGAUGGGGUCUAUAGAGCCAUUGACAUCUAUCUUGAGUCUCAUCCUAUGAUCACAUUCGAGGAAAGAUCAAGAUUGUGUAGAUGUCUUAAUUACAUUAAACUCAGCUUUGAAGCUAGUAAGGAUCUGGCCAAGAACCCCAGAAUACCUCCAAGGAUUGCAAUGCAGGCUCUUAUUUCUCAGCAAUCAAAGAUUGCAACACUGGACUAUGAUGAGACUGAGACUCCAAGAAAGAAGAAUCCUUAUCAAUUAGUUUUGUACAAAGAAGGUAAGAGGAACAGCUUCUCCAAGGAGAAAAAAGACAUGACACUAAACAUGGAUAAAAUGCAAUGGAAGGUAGUAGAAUUGGAAGAAUUAUGCAAGGAAAUGAACUCAAAGAUGGUUAACCGGAAUGCAUUGUUUAAUCAUGCUCGUGCCAGAUCCUCACCAAGAUUAUGCUGAUCAUCUUCAACUUGUGUUAGUACUUGAAUUGUACAAAGCUUAAAUUGUAUUUUUAUUUUGUAUUGGGUAGAAUCUCAAAUUGAUACAAGAUAUAAGAGAUUCCUGCAUUGUUGCGGGCUGCAUUUAUUCUCAACUGGUUUGGUUCGAUUUUUGAACCUAAAAAUCAGUAUGUGGUUUGGUGUGGUUUUUCUAGUGAACCAAAUCAUGCCCAGUACUAAUUGCAGCACUAGAACCUAUUGAAAUACAUAAGUAAUAUUCGAUAAGAUUGUACAAAACUAGGACCAUAAUGGGUAUAAAGUUUUUGCUACCUAGUCA